AUGGCGUACCGGUCCAACGACUUUGAGGAGCGUUUUUACGACGAGGGUCCCCGCCGCCAGCGCGCUGAAAGCCGCGUUGCGUUCAAUGACGUCGACGUGCGAGUGAAGGAGCGUGAGCGCGAGCGUGAGGGUGACCGCCUCCGUUUCUUGCGCGACGAGCGCCCUCCCGAAGCAGGCGCUCUCGUUUUGAGCCGCCGAGAAGUCGAGUCGAGAGAGCUGUCACGCCCUCGCCAACGCUCUCCGAGCCCUGUCUACCGCGAGCGCGUCGUUCGCAGGGCCCGCAGCUUGACACCUCCGCACGUCCAUGAGCAUCAGCAUCAGCAUCAGCAAGAGCUCGAGCGCUCGAGGGUGCGCAUUUCCGAGCGCGAACGUGAGAUUCGCAGCCCGUCACGUGGCCCUCCUCCCGAGCUGAUCCGCGCUCGAUACGUUGAACGCCAGAGGUCGCCCUCUCCACCACCCCCGGCCAGAGAACGCAGCCGCGUCGGCGUGCGCAUCGUCGAGCGUGAGAGAGAGCGAGAGAGAGCGCCGUCUCCCUCACCCUCGCCGCCGCCGCCACCUCCCCAGCCCCAGGUCAUCCGAGGACCCACGAUUGAACGAGAAGUCAUUACCCACUACAGAGAUAUCGACCAUGGUGUCACCCGCGUGCCAAGCCCGCCGCCUCCUCCUCGCCCUGCUCCCAGGCCCAAGACUCGUACUGAAGAACGGGAGCUGGAUAUCGACAUCACCACGUCCCGCAACAGAACCGACAUCGACAUUCACCGAUCGCACAGCCGCCACCGAUCCCCCAGCAGGGAGCGUAGAUCCCCCGCCUUCCAAGACCAAAGAGAUCUCGUGGUGAGCACCGACCGCCUUCGCAUCGACGAUCGUCAUUACCACGGCGGAUCGCGCCGCAGAGCCCAUUCCGCGGCCGCACGCACGCCCGUCGACGAGGAGGCCGAAUACAUCACCUCCAAGAUCGACUCACGCGGCAAGAUGGGCGAGGCCUGGAACGGCGCUACCAAGGACUGGGCCAUUGUCGAUGUGCCGCCGGGAACGGAGCGUGUUCGCAUGGAUGGUGUAGGCGGCGGCUCCGCCGAGGUCACCUGGCAGCGUUACAACGGUGUGAGGCGAGCCAAGUUCAUUCCCGAGCGGGAUAGCGGUCCGGUUUCGGCCCCGGCGCCGGCCCCCGAGCCGUCGCCACGAGACUCGCGGGACCGUCUUAGCCUUCAGGUGUACGACCGCGAGACGGAAAUCGAGAUUGAGAAAACCAAGGAGCGCACCCCGGGGCGCCGCCAGCCCACGAAGCGCAACGAGAUGUGGACUGAAAUCACAAAGGACCUUGUCAUCCGCGAUGCCAUUGUCGAGCUUGGCUACGACUUUGAGGAGACUGAAUACUUCUUCUACAUUAUGCAAUACCUGAAAUAUGAUGACGUGCUUGAGCUCGUCCAGGUAUCAGACGACAUCCGUCGCUUCCGCAAAGAACGCGUCCGCGAGUACGAGAGGGAUUGGGUGCACGACGACUGGGACCGCCGGUCUCAUCACCAUCACCACCGCCGAGGGCCGAGCAAGUACGAUGAUGAACGAAUCUACGAGCGCGAGGUCGUGUACGACAGCCAACGGCCCCGUCGUUGGUAA